AAAUUAUGCAAUGGCCACAGCAUGUCCGUCCGCCUCCUUCAGCUCCGCGCGCAUACCCUUCUCUUCUCGCCGGAGUGCUGCCAUUUACCGGCCAUGCCCUUCCCGGCGUCGGCGUCCUUCCCUUAUGGCGUGCGCCGCUGACACCAACCUUGCCGUUCUUGAAGCCGCAAAACAUGCUGUGGAUCGCUACGUGAGGAAUGGGAUGGUGAUUGGUUUGGGGUCUGGUUGCGCGUCCUGUCUUGCCAUUCAGUACUUGGGCGGCCGGCUGCGUGAUGGCGCUCUUCAAGACAUCGUUGGAAUCCCAAUGUCUGUAUCUAGUGCAACUGAAGCAGCAAAAGCAGGAAUUCCACUUGAGCUGUGCCAAGAAAGUCUUCAAAUUGAUUUUGCAUUUGAUGAUGCUGAUGUUAUUGAAGAGGGAUCUCUAACUGCUGUCAUUGGUCGAAGAAAACUAGAGGGUGGUGACUCCAUAAUUCAAGAGAAGUCAAUUCUAAAAGCUGCUGGCCGUGUUGCAUUUAUCACUGAUGAAAAACAGUACGGUAGAGAUCGUGAUGGGUCUAUUCCAGUCUUAAUUAGUCCAGAUAAUUGGAUGGAAACUGCUGAACUCAUAGAUGACUUAUUUCUAGGAGAUGCAGAGGUAUGGAGGAGACCGACUUCAGGACAUGCUGGGCCAAUGGGAGGGGAUUUUCCUUUGGUCACCGAAGAUGGCCACCAUAUUCUUGAUGUUAUUUUUACAUCUCCAAUACAUAAUCUAGCUGAAGUGGCAGAGAGCUUGAAUCAAGUUGACGGUGUGGUGGACCAUGGGGUGAUAUGUGGCAUUAGUUGUAUAGCUAUAAUUGCGUCAGAGAACGGAGUUUUGGUGGUUGAUAAUUCAUCAAGAUGACAAAAACAAAUCAUUCAUCAAUAGAUUUUGGCAUUACAAGAACUGUCUCCGGAAGUUGCGUAACAAUCUGUAUUAUCUUCAAAUCGUAUUAUGAGAAAUCGAUAUUAAUUUGAUGCUUGUACUUUGAUUCUAAGCAAUAUGUCAAGAACAUCAUUCCCUACAUGCAAAAUUAUCAGUGUAUUACGAAGUACAGAUGCAUUAUUACAUCAAUUCACUGGUUUGGUUGCUUGCUGUUUCUGCAAGUUAAACUCU